GGGCCUCGAACGGGAGAACUGCCGCUUGACCCUGGCCCAGAAGGGCUCACAGUUUGAGUUAAUAAUCGAGUUUUAUGAGAAGGAGGUGCCUGUAAAAGAAGUCAUUCCUAUUGAUAGCCACUUUAAAUGUAUACAAGCACAGGAAACUCUACUGAUUAACAUAGAAGGCAACACUCCCUGCAAAAUCCAGCUCUCAGGUGACUGGGUCGGAGAGCGUAUCUUCGAAAUCCCUGAUGAGGAUCGGUGCCUGGUUUUUCUCUCAGACAUCUAUGCUGUUCAGGAUGUUUUUAAAGGUAUUUCACUUCCUGAUUUCGAUGUGUCCGCCAACUGGUACGAGACAUUAGAAACUUCGGAAAAAACUCCCCAUGAACCGGAUGUUUCAGGAGCACUUGGAUUUGAAGAUAAUUUCACUGAAAUGAGUUUGGAGAAGAAAAGAAAUAGGCACAAUCGGCACACGAGGACCCGUCGGGAGCCCCCACCACCCCCCGGCCACAUAAGCAAACAGUUUUUACGUGAAAAGGAAGCUGUAGGCAAAGACCAGCCUAAAGUGACCAACACCAUGCGGAAGCUCUUUGUGCCCACCUCCCAGUCUGGGCAGCGAGAAGGACUCAUCAGACACAUUCUGGCAAAGCGAGAGAAAGAAUAUGUGAAUAUUAAGACUUUCAGGUUCUUUGUUGGAACAUGGAAUGUGAAUGGUCAGUCUCCAGACAGUGCUUUGGAACCCUGGCUACACUGUGAUACCGAUCCUCCAGAUAUUUACUGCCUUGGGUUUCAAGAACUGGAUUUAAGCACAGAAGCUUUCUUUUACUUCGAGUCUACAAAGGAGCAGGAGUGGCUGACAUCUGUGGACAGAGCCUUACACUACAAAUCCAACUAUAAGAAAGUUCAGUUAGUCCGCCUGGUUGGGAUGAUGCUACUUAUAUUUGCCAGAAAGGACCAAUGUAAAUACCUCCAUGAUGUUGUAACAGAAACUGUGGGAACAGGACUCAUGGGAAAAAUGGGUAACAAAGGGGCUGUUGCUGUGAGGUUUUUGUUCCACAACACUACGUUUUGCAUUGUCAAUUCCCAUCUGGCUGCCCACGUAGAAGACUUCGAACGUCGAAAUCAGGAUUAUAAAGACAUCUGUUCCCGGAUGACUUUCUUGGUCCCAAAUCAGGGUCAUCUAAACAUCAUGAAGCAUGAUGUCGUCAUCUGGUUGGGAGAUUUGAACUACAGACUCUGCAUGCCUGAUGCCAGUGAGGUGAAAACACUUAUUAACAGGAAUGAACUUCAGAAGCUCUUGAAGCUGGACCAGCUGAAUAUCCAACGUUCUCACAAGAAAGCAUUUGCUGACUUUACAGAAGGCGAAAUUCGGUUUAUGCCCACCUACAAGUUUGACCCGAAAACAGAUAGAUGGGAUUCCAGUGGGAAAUGUCGUACUCCAGCAUGGUGUGACCGAAUCCUUUGGAGAGGGACUAACGUUAAUCAGCUCCGCUACUGGAGUCACAUGGAGCUUAAGACCAGUGACCACAAACCUGUUAGUUCUCUCUUCCUCAUUGGGGUGAAGGUUGUGGAUGACAGAAGAUACAGGAAGGUAUUUGAGGACAGUGUUCGCAUCAUGGAUAGAAUGGAAAAUGAUUUUCUUCCUUCAUUAGAACUCAGCAAGAGGGAAUUUGUAUUUGAGAGGGUGAAAUUCCGUCAACUGCAGAAGCAGAAGUUCCAGGUCACCAACAAUGGCCAAGUGCCAUGUCAUUUUUCCUUCAUCCCUAAGCUCAGUGACAGCCAGUACUGCAAGCCUUGGCUUCGGGCUGAGCCCUCUGAGGGCUGCUUAGAACCAAGUGAGACAAUCGACAUUUCCUUGGAUGUCUAUGUCAGUAAAGACUCAGUGACAAUUCUGAAUUCGGGGGAGGAUAAGAUUGAAGAUAUUCUUGUCCUUCACUUGGACCGAGGCAAAGAUUACUUCUUGACCAUCAGUGGAAGUUACCUCCCAAGCUGCUUUGGCACAUCCUUGGAAGCUUUGUGCCGAAUGAAAAGACCAAUUCGAGAAGUUCCUGUUACCAAACUCAUCGACCUGGGAGAAGACAGCUUCGUAGAAAAGGAGAGCCCUCUUCUGCCAUUGGCUCCUUUGGAGGGAAAUGUCGGCGAGAGACCCCUUCAGGUUCCCAAAGAAAUCUGGCUUUUAGUGGAUCACUUAUAUAAAAAUGGCUGUCAGCAGGAGGACCUGUUCCAGACUCCUGGCAUGCAGGAAGAAUUACAGCAAAUCAUAGAUUGUCUGGAUACCAGCAUUCCUGAGACAGUCCCUGGCAGCAAUCAUUCCGUGGCCGAAGCCCUUCUCAUCUUCCUGGAAGCUCUACCGGAGCCUGUCAUCUGUUAUGAGUUAUAUCAGAGAUGCCUUGACUAUUCCCAUGACCCCCGCCUCUCCCGACAGGUGAUAUCACAUCUUCCACGGUGCCACAGAAACGUUUUCCGGUACCUGAUGUCUUUCCUUCGGGAACUCUUAAAGCACUCUAAAACAAACAAUGUCAACGUCAACAUGAUUGCCAAUCUCUUCUCUGGUCUCCUGCUACGGCCUUCACCUAAUCUGAUGUCAAGACAGACUCCAACCGAUCGCCAACAUGCUAUCCAGUUCCUCCUGGGGUUCCUGCUUAGCGGUGAUGAAGACUAACUCUCUUCAUCGUGCAUCCUCCACCCCUUUCCUGAGAUUCUAGCCUGGAGGAUCACUUGCUUUGAGUAUUAAGAAUUAGUUGAAGGAGUUUUUCCCAGCAGGGGAGUUGCACAGCAUUGUAGCUGCUGGCUAUCAAAAAUCUACAGUUUACAGUGCUUAGGGGAGUCUUCUAGUAGCUCCUCUGCCCACCAAAACACAAAAUUACAUGUCCUUAUACAUUAGAGAAUUUCAGACUCAACAUGUUGCCAAGCCAAAGUCUCCACAUUUUGGUAGUUACGUGCUUUAUCUUUAUGGGACAAAGAGAUCUGUAUUAACACUCCAGUGUUCUCCAAAUCUGUUUGUUGCCCAAAUCUGACUGUCCUGUCUCUGCUUAGCACCCUUGACUUGGGGUCUAAGAUGUGAAUGUUCUAGACUGAUACGCACUAUUUGCUUUUGAUGAGAUUUGUAUCUGGAGUCAUUCAUCUGAAUGGUAUUUGGCUCUCUUGCCCCCAGCCCCACUGGCACCCCCAUUCAAGCAGUAGUAUCACUUUGGAGAAGGUCAGCUGGGUAAGGUUCCUGGGGGACUUACUUGUCUCACUGCCAGCAUUUGUGCAUUCUUACUACAGUGGCAUUUCUGAGUGUCGGUGUUCAUGUGCCUACAGUGGCUAGGGCCAUCUCCUCUUCUCUCGAACCAUACCCAGCAACUGAACCUUAGUGACUACUGGAAAGUGAACUUUGUUCUAAUGUCCCGUUGGCUUCAGAGGCUCACAACCAAAAUGAAUGCAACCUGGCUACCUUGAGGGCAAAGGCGUUUCUCUGUCUUGCAAGUCUUAUCUGGGGGAGGGAGGGGGAAUAAAUAUGAGGAAUAAUUGGCUCUGGGUGUCCUUGGGACUUACUCCCACCCUUGGAACCUCAUCUUCCCAAACAGCACUUAAACCCUUAAACUAAUGUACAAAGUGUUGGGCCUGACUCUAGCUUCAUCACUGGAGAAGACCUCAGAAUCCUCAGGAACCUCUUGGCAUUCAUCCCCAGUACCAAAGGGCAAUCAGAAUCCCCCUGCUCACAAAGAAAUAGGCUACUUCAAGGGUUUAGAGCCAGGGUAGACAGUAUUUUGGGGACUUCCAAUGUAGCACACAAUCACUUUUUUAAGUACUAAGUCAAAGAGGCAACAGUUUACCAAGAUGACAUCGGGGCCAACAAAGCACCUGAUUUCCCCACCUUUAAUAUCUCUUCAAAUUGUUCAUUGAAAACAGACCAGCAAGUCAUUCUCCCUUUUUUUUUCUUAACCUUUAUUAGUAAGCAAAUUGGUUGCCAACCAUUAAUCAAAUUGCCUGAUGGGAAACCACACCACCCCACCCCCUUGAGAGCCACAAUGGGAAGUGACUCAUUCUUGCCUUCUCUUGAAAAUGAAAUUAGAGGUGCUUGACAUACAGUCCUUUUAUUCCAUAUGUGCUUUGGGCACUUGUUCUGUUAGCAUACCUAAUGGAGGGAUGUUGGAAGCCAUGCUAGGAAUGGCUCUCCAAUCUCUUCAGAAUUAUUUUUUUGACAUGGAAGAAAUGUCAGGUGAUUGAGUAAGCCAACCUGAAUUCAGCCCUUUGGAAAUAAGAAUUGAGUCAUCAGUGCCAAGCAGUUUGAAAGAUCUGUUAGCCCUAGGGUAAUUUUUUUUGUCCUAGUUGGCUAACAGAAGACUGAAAUUAGAUGGUCUUGCCUAUUUCCAAUGGUCCCGAAAGUUGGGGAGGCUGGAGGAGUUAGGGCAUGGUCGUGGCAAAGGGCCUGGAAGGAUUUUUUGUAGACAAGCUUUCUGUUGUAUCACCAACUUGGAAUCUCUUGGCUCAGCAAGCAUGUGUGGCUACUGGCUGUUUGGGGGUAGUAAGUGUAUAGCCACCGUACCUACUUCAUCUUCAAAUCAGAAUACCAAGUAGUUUCUCUGCCUCAGUCUGUUGUGGAGCUCUGGCCAUGGCACGUUACCAGAGCUGAGGGUUUUGGACAAUCUAUAGGUAGGGGGUUGGGAGAGGGGGAAGCAAGAGGGGAGACGUUGCUUCCCGGCCCAGGCCUGCCUACUCCAGGCUUCUAGCCUCCACUUCUUAAGUACCUCGUGUGUGUGUUCGCUCAUCAUUGCCUCCCAAGUUGGAUGGGGAGAAACUUUGCAUUUACUGUUGUUGUUGUUGUUGUUGUUUGUUGUUGUUGUUGAAAAGGGUUCGAGCCCUUGGGGCUUUGUCAUUUCCUUCAUUGUUUUUUCAUUGUUUUGAUUCUUACUCCAAAAUAUUUUUUUGUCUUGUUUUUCCCCAAGGGGUCUUAGCUGCUAGUGGGUCCCCUUUAUCUUGUUGGUAUCUUUUUUUUUAUUAUAAUUUAUUGGAAAACUCUUCAUUCCCUUGAAUAAAGAUGUGUUGUACAACUUA